CCUAAAUAAUCGAUCAAAAAUCCAAAUCCAAAUACUUAGAUUUAAGAGCACAGGUGACAGAUGUUCAAGCAUAUCAAAUAUAGCUCUUAUCAUCCAAUUCUCUUCAUUGAAGAAGGCUGACACUUCAACACUAGCAACUCAGAUGUACCACAAUUGCAACAUGUCGAUUGUGAGAAGCAGCUAUCACAACUGCUACGACCACUAUGAGUUAAAAGAAUACAACAAGCUAUUCAAAUGCGACGGCUGCAAGAUGAAAGGCUUCGGACCGCGAUACCACUGCACUGCAUGUGGUUGCGAGCUUCACAAAGAGUGCAGACACCCAAAACCCACCAUUUACCACGAAUACUUCGGGGGCUCCACUUUCACAUUCCGCCACCAACCCUACACCAGACUUGUCAGCCAUAACCGUCAAGAAUUCUCUAAAUGUUGCGACGCUUGUGGCAAGGACAUAUGCGGCUUCAGCUACCGUUGCGAGGAAAAUGACAAAGACAUGCACCCUUGUUGUGCCAACCUUAAGGAGAAGCUGCUCAUCGACAACACCAUUUUCGAUCUUCAGUCCCAGGUUUCCUCCAAGUGCAUCCGGUGCAAGAAGAAGAAGAUUACCGAUGGAGCAAGAGACGUACGAGGCUGGUCGUAUGUCUCAACAUGCGCUAAGUACCAUUUCCAUGUGUAUUGCAUGGUUGAAUUGGUGCACGAUGCAUGCAUGAGGUAUGGUGAGGUUGGGCCGGGAACUGGUGAGCUUGCUAGAUCUAGCAGAGGCAGGGGGAGUCGUGCUGAAAAGAUGCUUCGGAUGAUCAAAUCGGUCGUCAAAAUCAUUUUGGCGGCUCUUUUGGGAGAUCCUACCAUGCUUAUAUCCAAUGUUAUUGUCGACUUGGUGUCGCGUGGUUUCUAGGACUAUUUACCAAUAUGUAUUUUGUGUUGUUUGAAAUAAUUAUCCAAGACUUUCAGAUU